CAAUAGUCUCAGUUGAAUAGCAAAUUGGUCCAAAUUAUUGAAAGGAAUAAAGCCUUGGGAAGAGGAGGAGUAGGAGACGGGAGGGGGGCAGCAACAAUCCUUUCCCCUUCCCAUAUGGUGAGAGCAGUGCCGAUAGCAUCACAUUCCGCGGAGCGUUGCCAGUCGUCCUAUGGUGAACUGCCAUCGCUCUAAUCAAAAACAAACGGAGCCGCAGCUUUCGCUUGCGCUCAACUCAGCUCCAGUACGGAACGUCCAUCCGUGGCUGUGCGAGGUCUCCGUCUGGCCGAUAUUCGGUGGCGACGGGGCCUUGAACGAUUGAACUGUGGUUAAUUGAAGAAGCGGGAGAAGUAAAUACGAGCACACCACUCAAGACGAAGUUACUAUGGGGAAGCGCAGGGAGGCGGGAGUCUAACGUGGAUAGGGGGCACAAAUCAAAUCAAAAGAUUUACUAUUCGGAUUAUUUCUAUUUUGAACACUUCAUUUUCAGAGGGAUUUUCAUCAGAUUUUCUGGCCAUUAUCCCACGCAGGCAUGAACGGAAAGGAAGCGAGGUUUUGCUCGGGAUGCUGGAGGCAAAUGAUGCUGUCAAGCAUUCUGGUUCUACACUUGAUUCCCCUCUUUGUACAUGGGAACACUCUGGGGGCCAAUUUCACUGAGUUGGACACCACAGCCAAUGUGACAUCCCUGCCCAGUAAGGUCGAGGAAGCGGCCAAAGUGAAUGAUGUCGUUAUCGAGGUGACCGGGGUCAGCGGCUCAGUCAGCCCCGUCGUCACGGUGACCCAGAGGGCCGACCGCAUGCCCCGCUCCAAAGAGGAGCAGGGCAGCGGCAUGCUGGGAGAAGGGGUGUUGCCAGCCGAGGAGGAGGUGGUGGACCCGCCCAGGAUCAGCCCCGACUCAGCAGAGACAGAGCUCCUGCUGCCUAGCAACCCCCGUGGCACGGAGGAGGAAGAGGAUGAAGAGGAGCACACCGACCCACCGUGGCUGAACGCCAGAGACAAAGUCUUCGACCUGGACCGCAGCUUCACAGAAGGAGUAGCCAAUCUGGCCACCACCACUGCCCCUCCCCCUGCCGCCGCUAACCCCUCUCGCCCAGACGUCCUCACCGUGGACUUCUUCGACCCCGCCUCUCGCGGCCGCGGCCUGGACCUAGCCCCACCCUCUCCCUCCUCUUUGGCCCACGAACUCCAGGGCGGCGACCCCACUUCCUGGGCCAUGCCAAACAACUACGACUACCUCACGCCAUACGAGGAGGGUGCGUCGCCCACCCCUGAUGAGUACUCCUACAGCACCACUACUGAGACCUUGGAUGGGGAUGACGACUUGAGGCUAACUGCCGGGCCUCCAUCCCGCUCCAGGCCCAGGGCUCCCCCAGGUUCCGGCUCCUUCACCCCAGACAAGAGGCUGCCCAGUGGGGGUGCUGCUGCUGCUCCAGAGGGCCCUGCGGCCGUACCUCCAGCGUUACCCGUGGAUGGCUCAGACGGGACCGGUGGCUGCCGCCAGGGCUACGUGAAGCAGAAUGGAACCUGCCGCUCCCCCUGCGACACACUGCCCAGCUACUGCUUCAACGGAGGCCAGUGCUACCUACUGGACGGAAUGGGGGUCUUCUGCAGAUGUAAUGUCCAGGACUACAUCUGGCAUAAGGGUUCCCGCUGUGAGUCGGUGGUGACAGAGUUCCAGGUGCUGUGUCUGACCAUCGGGGCGUCGGCCCUCAUGGUGCUGCUGCUCUUCAUGAUCAUCGUCUGCUUCGCCAAGAAGCUUCACGUGCUCAAGACCGAGAACAGCAAGCUGCGCAAACGCAGCAGUAAGUACCGGCCUCCAUCGGAGCAGCACAAUGAUAAUUUCUCCCUGUCCACCAUCGCUGAGGGCUCCCACCCAAAUGUAAGGAAACUGUGCGACACCCCUCCUAACGUCCCUCAUGCCCGUGCUUUGGCUUACUAUGAUAACAUUAUCUGUCAGAAAACCAUGAGCAGAUACACCUGGGAGUGUAAGACCAAAGAGGAGCCCGACAGUGAGUUUCACGCUGACGGAAGGAAAGAUGGCCCCUAUCCUGUAACCAUGGAAGUGACGUAUCCCCACGUCCUGCCCGAAGUUACUAUCUAGGCCAUCAGCCAAUGGGAUGAUCCUAAUGCCCAGAACAAGCUGGAGGACCCCGUGAAGGCCCCGGUGCCCAAGGAGGACGACUCCCUGAACAUCCACAACUCCCUGACCCCCAAACACGAGAACCACAAGGUACUGGGCGAGGAGAACUCCUCUGAGGUAAACUCACUGCAGAACAACAUGAUGUAGAAGCCUGGGUCGGGAUGAGAGCUCCAGUCCUGCUCUCUAUCUCAGCCACCACGCCUACAACUGCUACCACCAGCCAACCACCGUCUACAACACGGCAACACUGCCACCAAGCGGGCAAUGCCGCUGAAAAAAAAUUAAAAAACACCACCCCAGGUGAAACUCCUCCCUGACCUGCCAACGCCUAUAGCAACCCCUUACGCCCAAUCACGCCCCCCUGCCUCGCUGCCCUGCCCCUUCGUUGCUGUCACUCUGCUCCCCCUUACCCCCUGCCCGCACGCACAUACACACACCAGAAAACACAGACACACACACCAAAACACACAUACACAUAUAUAUGUACAUACACACACUCACAUAUACACUCAUAAUUCCCCUGCCUGCAUUGGUGUAUUUUGUAAAAAGAAAAGAAUCAUAUGGAGUUUAAAAAAAGAAGUUAAACAUUGUAAAAAAAUAUAAAAGUUACUGAGAGGUUUCGAUGUUUGUCUGACUAAUUAAGUGAGUAUGUAUAAAUAUAUGAAAAAAAUGCUUGGAUUGAUAUAAAAGAAACAACACAUUGUGUCUUCGUUUUCAUUGAUGUGAUUUCUAAUCCUUUGAUGUACUUGUUUUAUUUUGUACUUUUUUGGGAAUACAGACUUCAAAACAGAGAACAAAAUCUAACAGUUGUUGAAAUAAACCUUUUUAACAUGA